CAACAGCAACAACAAAACCAACAACCAACGAACAAAAAUACCAACAGUGCCAUGAAGGCCAAAACCAAUGAUAUGCAAAAACAAACAACAACAAACGCAACAACAAAGUUGUCCUUCACCCAAACAACCACUCCGGCUACCGUUAAUGGCGCACUUUCAAAUAGCGUGAACAAGGCGCAAUUCUGCUCGCCCCCUAGUGGCAGUGUUGUUGGCACAUCGUCACAAUUGUCGUCUGCGCGAACUAAUUGCAACACUAAAUCACCGACGACUAAGCCGACAACGGCAACAUCGUCGACAUCCUCGACUGCUACAAGUUCGUCGCCGCCACCACCACCUUCCUCGCCAGCUGUGGAUCCGUUGGCCUUGCCGACCAUUACUUGUAAUGGUGUCACUUCAACACCAGCAGCUAAAGCAGCAGACGCAACAAUUGCAAAAGCAACAACACAUAUGUCGACUAUAAAUCAAGAUAGUGUGGAAAUAAAGGAGGAAUGCGAUCCACAAGUGAUCGUCAAGGUGGAGGAAACAUCUCCAACAACAACAACAGCAACAAAAGCAACGUCAUCGACGCUUAAUCAAACAUCGGCACCUCCCACAAUGACAACGACCACAACAAAUCGCAAGGAUACAGCUACGACGCCGGCGGAAGCCAACAACAAAAAUGCUGCUGCUGCUGACGCACUCGUUGCCACCGACGAUGCGUCUGUGGAUAAUCUGAUUGUCGAUAAGCCGCGUAAAGUACUAUUGAGCGUCAUGAAUCCGCAUAUAAUUUGUCACUUGUGCAAUGGUUACCUUAUCGAUGCCACAACCAUUGUUGAGUGCCUGCAUUCAUUUUGUCAUAGUUGCCUGAUCAAACAUUUACGGACGGAGCAGUACUGCCCACGCUGUGAAAUGAUGAUAAACACGGCCAAGCCAAAUAUCAAACCUGAUACCACUUUGCAGGCCAUUGUUUACAAACUUGUACCCGGCCUCUAUGAGCGGGAACUUAUGCGCAAGCGCGCUUUCUACAAAGAUCGUCCGGAAGAGGCUGCCAUGGCGACACCUGAACAACGUGGUGAUGAUACGGAGCAUCUCAUCUUUAGCCCUUCUGACUAUAUGUCAUUGUCGCUGGAGUUUGCGGAUACAGACGAACUAGUUCGACGAAAAAGUGGCUAUGGUGAAUUGCUGAAGCCACGUUACCUGCAGUGUCCCGCUAUGUGCACUGUUGGUCAUUUGAAGAAAUUCGUACAUGGGAAAUUCGAUAUUGAUGCGCAGCGUUUCAACAUUGACAUCAUGUACAAGGUGAAGACCAUCGUUCUGCUCGAUCACUACACGCUCAUGGAUGUAGCGUAUAUUUACACAUGGAAACGUGAUGCGCCAAUGCGUUUCUACUUUCGUGUGAAACGUUGUCUACGACCAAUUGUGAAAGCACGUAGACCAGCGGCCAUAGUGCCAGUAACUGCGCCAGAAGUGGUUGAAAUAAAGGAUGAGGUUGUGGACGUACCGGCAACGACGGCAAAUGCGCCGCCGAAAAUCGUAGUUGUUGAAGUUCCACAAGCGAUCACCACCACCAGCACCACGCCUGUACCGGAUGCUAUGAUAAUAAUUCCGAAACCCGUUGUUGUGGCAGCUCUAAAUGCUACAGAUCCGCUUCUCGUAACGCCAGAUGAUAUAAAAGAAGAAAAAGAAAUAGAAGCGGUUUUAGAAAAGAAGAUAAAGUCGAGUGUUGAACCAGCAACGAAACCAGUGAAGCCGCCAAAGACCACCUCCAAAAUGCCUGCAGUCAGCUCGACCACAGAGACUAAGCGGUCUUCAGCGGAGCGUAAAGCGGAGAAAGCGGAAAAAGCUCUGAAUGCGCAUCACUCACACAGCUCACCGAAAACUUCCAAAGAGAAACGGGAAGCUAAAGAAGCUAAGGAAGCGCUAAAACAAGCUGCAGAACCGCCACGUGAUGAACGGAAGGUUGAAAAUAUUAAGCUUAAAAUUGACCUGUCAAAGCAUAACAGCGUUACCAUUAUAAAUAUGUCUGAUCCAAAUCGUCGUGAGAUUACCAAGUCUGUACGCCCUGAAAAGGAGUGGAAGCUGAAAAGUAAAAAGGAUAAGGAUUCGGCAAGUCCUAAGCACUCAUCGAGCGGUGAGCGCAAAAGCAAAACUCCCAGUCCACUUACUGUACCACCACUGACAAUAAAAGCCGAACAAAUCAGUCCGCAAACCAAAAUAAGUCCUUUGGCAAAAAACAAUAACCAUACAAGGGAAAAGACGCCCACGCCUGCGUCACCCACCUGCAAUGAGGACGAACAAAAAUCUCAAUUUCUCAAGUCAUUUGCACUGACACCGAUUAAAUCCGUAAAGAGCGAAUCACCCGAAAAGUCUCCGAAGUCGCCGAAAACCAGCCCCAAUUCGGGUUAUACACACAAAGUUGUGGUAAAGUCGCCCACAAGCUCAGCACGCGAUCCGCUUAAGACAACAAUAAGUACUGUGUACAAAGGCACCGGCAUCCCAUCAAAACGUAAGAUUAAGGAACCAGUUAAGAAUGUAGUAAAGAAGCCUAAAUUAUCACCACCACUCCCGGCAGAUGACUUUAAAAUAAAGUUGCCUCCAAACCCGAUUGGCAACACAACAAAACCCGCUGGCUCACCUGCCGCAAAAUCUGGUACCGCAGCGAAUGAUAAGCCGCUUAUGCCGCCACCAAAAACUACCAGCUCGCUGACUGCCGCAACGCAUGUUGGCACCACAAUCACAACAACAUCCACAAGCGCCAAACCAGUCACCAGCAGCAGCCAAGCGAUUAUGCGCCCGCCGAUUGGUAUGCCGCCAAAAAAGCCCUCCGGCAAGUUGAGUGCAGCGGCGCAUAAAAACAAUUCCUUACCCCCUACGCAGCCAUUUACACGCAUCGAAAUGUCUGCACCUGGCAAUCGCACACCGAUUGCAAAGCGCUACCAACCCAUACUGCCGAAGUCAACACGUCCCAACCCGUUUGCUAACAUACCAAGUGACGUCAAUAAGCUACUGAAGGAUGCUGGUACUGAAAUCAAGUCAAUCGCUAGUAAUGCUAAGUCAUCAGCGAAGGUGUACGGGCCGAAGACAGCCACCAGUGGCACAACAAUAACGCCAGACAAUAGUCUGAUGGGGCCACCGCCCACACCAGUUGUUAAGCAGCAGCCUCAAAAUAUCAACCAAACGCGGCUGGGGGCAGCGGGUAAUGCCAACAAGUCGGGCGGGAAGAAUGGAAAAUCCAGCAAUUCGAAUAAUUACUUAAACCUCGCGCUGUUCAACGCUUCCAAAACGAAAGGUAAUGAGGUGCCACCCGGUUGCCGCACACCCAUGUACACGCCCAAUUCGCCAAUUUAUUCGCCCAGCUCGCCGCAGUAUAUGCCGAAUUACAACAUUCCCACAGUGCCUACUUACAAGUACACGCCACGUCCCUCCAGUGGUUCUGGCAGUUUCUUGCAAAAUUUAUUAGGUGGCGGCAAUAAUCAAAUGGCCGGACUUUUUCCAGCGCCCCCAACUAAGAAAGAGUUGCCGAAUUCGAGUUCAACAAGUGGAAACAGCUCGCCGUCCUAUGGCGGGAACCAGAAGACAGCGGAUAGCAGCCAAAUGCAAGCCCCUAAGCGGGUUUAUCCCUUCGCACGCAGCCCCAGUCCGGAGGAUCCGCCAGAGAAACAACUGAAAGUGAAGUCCUUGCUAACUUCGUGCAACAUAAACAUUCCCUCCUCGCUAUCGAUUACCAUUACUCGCGAAGAUAGCGAAUCACAGGCAAAUAACGCCUCAUAUCCGAAGCACAAGAGCCCGGUUAACAACUACAUUGAGAUACUGAAAUUGCCCGAUCAGCCAACCGAGGUUGUGGAGCAACAAAGUAAACGGGCUUCACCGCCCGCGCAAAAACUGCCCCCAACAACGCAGUCGUCGUCGCUCAAGCUGCUUAUGCCGCCGUCGGGGAACGCACCCACAUCGGGUUCGCCUGCAAAGCGCGACUGUGCAGAGAGUAAAUCUGCCGCUUAUGGCGCUACAAAUUUAACACAAAUGACACAGAAACCUCAAAGUAACAUGGCCGCACAGAAGACAACAUACGGCAGUGUAAUGAGUGGUGCAAACAAAACGCAAACUAUCUCCCAAAAUUCAACUUCGGCAACAAAAUCGCCGCAACCGAACGCGACUGCUUUUCACCAGAACCCAAAGCACACAAACGACAGUGGCCCGCAAAAGUCCACUAUGAAAGUGCUUGAUCCCUUGAAAUCGCCACAAGCGGAUCAUCAAAAGCCCAGUGGAGAGAAGAGGUCGCCUAUGCAAAGCCCCGAGAAGAACAUCAACACUUCCCCCAAUGGUAAGACUACACACAAGUCACCCAGCAGUUCGGGCGGUAUCGAUGCUAGCAAGAAAUUCCGCCCCAUUUUGCCGCGUCAAAAUCCCACGUCUGCAAUUUCUGAAGUCGUGCCACCAAAAGUAACCACAGCCAAUAUUAUCGGCACCUACUCGGCGCCAAGCGGUGUGGCAGUCAAGGUGCACGCAAACAAGAAAGUCACGCCGCCUAAGAAAUCACCGGGCGCACAACAACACCAGCCUCAACCACAGGCGGCGCAUCAGCAGCCUAAAAACGGCCACUCGCCUAAUGCAUUGAGCGCUGCGAAAGGCAGUGCGCCACAGUCGAACAAAUCUCCCUCACCUGCGCAUCAACAGUCCUCAAAAUUGGCACCGAACGCUAGAUCCAGUGUCACACCACCGCCCAUUUCAUCACCGAACGCCAACGUUAACGCCAAGAUGAUGCACCCUCCACACCCUGGCAUGUCCUCCGCCAGCAUGCCAUCGCUGCCGAGUCUACCCGCCAUGUCCAAUCUACCGCCAACAGCGCUCCAAGUCGCCGCUAUGGCUGCAGGAUUGCCCGGCAUGCCAUCGCACCUAGGCGCUGACUUCAGUAAGCUCUUCAAGGAUAAUCUGCUGCGCGCACAGGCGCAAGCGGCGGCGGCCGCCUCACAGCCCGGUGGAAUGUUCUACCCCUAUGCAAAUGCGCAGCAGUUAAGUCACCACUACAGCUACCAGCAAGCGUUCAUGCUGGAGCAGCUGUCGCGCAUGCAGCGCGCCGAAGCGUUAAAUGAGUUCAUGCAGAAGCUGAAGAACGGCACGGCUGACAAGCCGUUGGAGAAUGUCGGCGCUGUAGGUAGCGGCAAAGCAGCGUCUGUAGCAGGCCCGAAAGCUACGCCAGGGCCAACAGUGGGUAGCAGCAGUGCGACUGCAAAGUCAACGAAUUCCGCCAGCGUCAAUGCCCCGCCUGCCGUUGGCAAUCAUAGCGCUAGCGCUGGCAGUGGUGCAAACGCGACGAGGGCCAAAUGAAAGUGAGUGUGUAGGUGAAGUUGGCUAUGAAAAAAAUGAUUAAAGCAGCGCUUAUGGAAUUCAAUUCCCAGCGUGUAGGCAUUGGCGCUGCCACAAACGCUAUCCAAAUUUGAAAUGGAAAAUUUUUUCUCUAUGAGUAUAUACAUAAGUACAUAGGUAUGUAAUUUUAAAAAUUAGUAAUUUAAUUAUGUAUUUAGUUAGCAGUAAGUUAAAAACUGUUUCUGUUUAACUGGUUCUUGUUUUUUUGUUAUCCACUGUAUUACUUGUAUUGGCCUAUUUGUUACUAGGCGCUUCUUCAUAUGUAUGUAUGUAUGUAUGCAAUUGCGCUACCACCGUAUUCGCUAAAGAAAAUCACAACAAAGUGUAUACAAUAAAAAGAUUGAUUAGCCCUAAGCAGUGUAAAAUAUUUAAUUAGUUAUGCUCACCCUUAAGAAGCCCACAAAGCAACUCUGUCCCCGUCCCUGACUGAAAUUUUAUGGAAA